GACAAACCAAUUAUACACUACAUGUUUAGCACUGUCUAUAACUAGAGCCCACAUUGGUGUAAUAUUGCAUUACCACUGGUUAUUUGCUAUUAAGGUUCUUGAUUGAGAGUGUACCUUUUCUUCAAGUGUAAUUAUAGGCUUAAACUAGUAUAAAAGAGGCUACUUUCUGCAUCACUGAAACAAGGGAUCCAAAAGGCUUGCUUCAUUGUGUUUAUGAGCUUACAAGCUUCUCCAGAAGGCAGAUUCAACUUGCCACGUAGUUAGGAUUCGAAGAAAGUCAUCAUGUUCAGGAACCAGAAAAACAAAGGCUUCAAGGUGAAGCAUGCUCUUCAGAUAUGUGUACUGGUAGGCGUUUGCAUUUGGCUGCUUUACCAAGUCCAGCACUCCCGCGAAAAGAAAGCAGCCUUAGACACAACGAGGCUCUCUGAGGAGGUUGAGAGUGCGGAUAGUUUCCUUAAGUUGGGGCGUAAGGACCUGCAGCCCGAAAUGGAGGAAGAAAGUAGUGAGGAUGUGAAGAACGAGGAGCCAGACGAAGAGGAGGGCAAGAGUUUUGGCGAUGAGAGUAAUUCCACCGAGCUUGAGCAUGACAACAAACAAGUAGGCGAUGGCGAGAGUGAGCAAGGAGGUGAAGAAAACAGCAAUGAAGGAGAUGCAAAAGCAGAAGAUAAUUCGGAGGUGGAGAGCCAGGAGAAUGGCGAAGUUGCUAAAGAUGGUAGUAUGGAGGAGAAGGACAAUGAAGCCAAGGAAACUUCAGAGGAAAACAGGCAAGACGAUAGAGAGGAGCAAAGUGGAAGCGAGGGUGAGAGGAACACAGAACAAGAAGAUGGAGAGAAAGAAAGGCUUGAAAAUGAUAUCCAAGAAGUGGCUCAGGAGAAUAACGAGAUUGGAAAUGAAGACGGGACUGGGAAAGAGGAAAACGGUAGUGAAGAAGAAAAUUUGGGAAGCAAAGAUGAGAAUGCAAGUGAGGAGACAAACGAAAAUGGAGGUGAAGAGAAGGAAGUUCAGGUUGAGGAAAAUAAUGAUAGCCAUGCUGUGGAGAGUGAAGAAACGAAAAAUGGAGAUGUUGAAGAAAAAGAUGAGGUCAACAAAGAAGGCGAAGCAGAAAAUGGGGAGGAAAAAAAUGCAGAGAGUGCAUCAGAUAAUGUGGUUCAGGCCUCCCAAAAUGAAAGCGAUACUGAAAAAGGUAACGAGGUGACCUUAAACGAGGAGGAAAAAAACGAAUCCGGGGAGAAUAGAAGCCAGAAUGAGUCAGGCUCAGAUUCCACAGAAGGAAACACCAAUGCAGAAAAUAACACGAUGAACGAAGCACACACUGAUGAAGGCACUGGAAAUGCUUCCAAUUCAGACGACAAUUCCAACUCCACAGAAGCAAAAACAGAAACCAACGAACAGCAGCAAGAGAAUGAUAACUCUACCCAAGCUGAAAAUGAAUCCGUCCAUUCAGAGGCUGAUUCCAACCCUACAGCAGACCCAACUGAAGGUAAUCAACAGCAGCAAGAACACGAUAACUCAAUUCAAGAAGUCGUUCCUGGUGGGGAUAGCUCAGAAACUGAGAAAAACACUGAUGAUUCCACUAAAGAAAACCCCGAUUCAGAUUCAACUGUGGGGAAAGAGAGCGGUGAGGCCUCAUCAACUGAGCAGUCAGACGCAAAUUCUGGUUCUGAAGAAUCAGUUAAACCCUCAAAUGACGACGAAAAGUCCACCAAUCCAGGCGAAAACAAAUCAACAGAUUCUUCAAGCUCCCAAAACGAAGAUUCAGCCCAAAACUCCACUCAAGAUGAAUCAUCCAAUUCAAUUCCUCAAGAAGAGAAAGAUGCCCGUAUAGACGUCGAGACAUUGCCAGAGACAGGAACCGAAGGAAACAACCAAGAAGAUGCGGCGGCUAAGGAGUAAAAGAUCAAGUUUAUUCACUUGAAGGCUGUAGUUGUAAGUCCUGUAUUCUUUCUUUUCCUCACCCCUUACUCUAAAAUGGUAAAUACAAUAUAUGCUGCUUGCUAGGCAGUGUUAAGCCACAUUGUAUAAUUAUAGCUUAUUAUAACAUUGCACAAAAAAACUAAGUUAAGUCACACUUUUGAUGUGUUUGAAUUUCUUGGUAUGAAGCUCUUAUUAUCCGUUUCAUUUUGUUAA